AUGAGCGGGGCUGGGGCGGCGGGCGCGGCAGGCGCGGCGCGGGGGCUGCGGGUGGACGGGCUCCCUCCGCUGCCCAAGAGCCUGAGCGGGCUKCUUCGCUCGGCGGCGGGCGGCGCGGCGGGCAGCUGGCGACACCUGGAGCGGCUGUACGCGCAGAAGUCGCGCAUCCAGGACGAGCUGAGCCGCGGGGGCGCGGGCGGCCGCGGGGCGCGGGCGGCGGGGCCGCGCGCCAAGCCGCCCAACCUGGACGCCGCGCUGGCGCUGCUACGCAGGGAGAUGGUUGGCCUCCGGCAGCUGGACGUGUCUUUGCUCUGCCAGCUAUACAGCCUCUACGAGUCAAUUCAGGAGUACAAGGGUGCGUGCCAGGCGGCCUCCAGCCCUGACUGCACGUGUGCACUGGAGAACGGCUUCUCUGACGAGGAAGAAGAGGGUUUCCAGGACCAGAGCUCCCUCCGUGAAGGCCAGGAUGGAGGCCCUCCUGGGAGCCUGCCCCUGCCUGUGCCCCACCUCUCUGGCAGUGACUGGAUUCUAGAGUCCAUCUAGGGCCUCGGGUGGUGGUGGCUUCAAACUGGACCCACUGUCAGCAUCUGCUGCUCUUCUUGCAAGAAUGUGUUAGCCUGUCCACUGUGGACAGUCCUUGGCCAUGUGGGACUUCGAGGGGAGUCCAUUGCUGCGCAGUGGUGAUCUGCUUGGGUGACCCCGAGGUGCUGAGAAUGCUUUGGCAGCUUGUGCUGGGUGCAGACACCCCUGCUGGAGGUUCUUGGGACAAGAGGCCCUGCAGGAGGCCUGAGUCACUCCUUACAGACAGGUCACUGGCAUCUCCUCCAUGAGGGUCAUGCUUCYAGUUGGGGAUGGAUGAAGCCAUUCCUCUGCCCUUCCCCAGACUAGUCAGCGGCACUUCUUGCUGUUUAACAAGUGGUGGAGCCUCUUUGUUCAGCUUUAUUUUCAUGCCGCAUCACUGAUGGUCCAGGUAACUCCACGGAAGCCUUUUGUCAAGAAGGCAAACAUUUUCGCCUCAGCCAUCAUGGCGUUCUCGCAGCCUGCUAGAACUUGGCCAUUUUGUCCCUCUGGUGUAGGAGGAAGGAAGAUAAUACCAAGAUACAUUGAAUGGGAAAAAAACAAACCUGGGCAGGCCAGUGUUUGCAUAGUCCCUGGAUGGUGACUGUGUUCAUUUUAAAUGACCCUGAACAUAAACUAGUAUGUGGGAAAGCAAACACUGUCCCCUCCAAACAGUGGUUACCUUGAGCCUUCAUAUAUUUAUUAAAAUGCUUUUUGAGAACUAUGCUGUUAA